AUGUCUGGAUUUUGGAAAUCCUCCACUGCAAUGUACCGCGUGCAGCAGCUCUCAAAUUAUGUCAGCAGAUCGUCUUGCCUGCAUAGAAUUGUCAACAUUUUAGAUUGUCCGAAUAAUUGUGCUAAGUGUUCUGAAGCGUCGGCCAAAAGCAGCGUGUGCGACGUCUGCAUGCCGGGCUUCGUGAUAUCUGCCGACAAAAAAACAUGUACAGGCUGUGGAACAAACUGUUUAUCUUGUACGUCGGCUGGCAACUGUGAUCCAGGACAGUGCAAACCAGGUACAACCUAUAAAAACUCGACCAAACAAUGCAUAGGUUGCGGUGAUGGAUGUGAUGCUUGUGAUGUCAAUGGAGAAGGCAAAUGCGAUCCUGGGAAGUGCAGACGCAGUUACAUGUUCGACGCCUCUAGCAACACCUGCAAAGGUGCGCCGUGUUAA